AUGAAUGAUGUUGGAGCUAAAAAUAGAAGAUUAAUGCUAUAAUAAAAUACUGUAGGGAAUAUAGUUAUAUCAUAGAAUAAUGAAUAUGUUGAUUUAAAUUAAUCAGCCUUUGUUGAAAGUUAAUAGACUUCUAAAUUGUAUAAUUAUUAAACUCAUAAUUACAAAAGCUCUAAAUAGAAUUGCAAUUUACCUUUCGAAGAUGAUUCUUUGCCAUUGGCAUCGCAAAAAUAUUAGAUUAUUACACAGAAUAACAAGGAAACCGAGCCAGAUAUGAGCUACUUAGGUUAAAAUUAAUCCAAAAUCUAAGAUUAAAAUAUGACUUAGUUGAAUAACUACAUUGAUUUAAAAAUUAAUGAAAGCAAAUAUUCAUAGCAGCAUAGAGAAAUAAUAGAAUAAGCGGAUGCAAUCAAUAAAAUAAAUAAAUAUAUUACUCCUCCUCCUACUCUAAUAAGAUCUCAAUCGCACCAUCCAGAUAUAUUAAGUGCAAAUUAGAGCAUAUUUAAAGAGAAUAAUAAUUCUUCUUCUUAAAAAAAAUAAAAAAUCUAACUGGGUAAAUCUAGACUUACUGUAGGAAUGCUCAACAAUUUCAAAUCAUAUCUGAUAAUAGCUCUUCCUAUGCCUAUUAUGUCCAAAAAAGCUUGA